AUGGAGAACGCUCAUACGAAGAGUCCUGAGGAACUCAAAAAAUUUUUUGGUACCUCUGACGGAGGUUUGAGUGAAGAACAAGUAGAAGAACUUCGCGAAAAAUAUGGUUUCAAUGAAUUACCUGCUGAAGAAGGGAAAAGUAUUUGGGAUUUAAUUUUGGAACAAUUCGAUGACUUACUUGUAAAAAUUUUACUCCUUGCGGCUAUUAUUUCAUUUGUUUUGGCUUUAUUUGAAGAACAUGAUGAUCCAUCUGAAGCUAUUACAGCUUUUGUCGAACCUUUUGUUAUUUUACUUAUAUUAAUAGCUAAUGCAACAGUUGGUGUAUGGCAAGAACGUAAUGCUGAGGAUGCUAUUGAAGCAUUAAAGGAAUAUGAAUCUGAAACAGCUAAAGUUGUUAGAUCAAAUAAAGAAGGUACACAAAUAUUACCUGCAAGAAACUUGGUACCAGGAGAUUUAGUAGAAGUAUCAAUUGGUGAUAAAAUUCCAGCUGAUAUUAGAUUAAUUAAAAUAUACUCAACAACAAUUAGAAUCGAUCAAUCUAUAUUGACUGGUGAAUCUGUAUCUGUAAUAAAAAAUCUUGACACUGUCAAUGAUCCAAGAGCUGUUAAUCAAGAUAAAAAGAAUUGUUUAUUCUCUGGUACAAAUGUGUCAUCAGGAAAAGCAUUAGGUAUUGUAUUUGGUACUGGUUUAGAUACUGAAAUUGGUAAAAUUCAAAAACAAUUAUCUAAAACAGAGUCAGAUCCUACACCACUUCAACAAAAAUUAGAUGAAUUUGGUGAACAACUUUCUAAAGUUAUUGGAAUCGUUUGUAUUUUAACUUUCGUAAUUAAUAUUGGACAUUUCAAUGAUCCUGUUCAUGGUGGUUCCUGGAUUAGAGGUGGAAUCUUUUAUUUCAAGCUUAUUCUAUCUCUUGCCGUCGCAGCUAUACCUGAAGGUUUACCAGCUGUAAUUACAACAUGUCUUGCUUUAGGAACACGUAGAAUGGCUAAAAGAAAUGCUAUUAUUAGAGUAUUAGGAUCUGUUGAAACACUUGGAUGUACCUCAGUUAUUUGUUCAGAUAAAACGGGAACUUUGACAACCAAUCAAAUGUCAGUAUCAAAAAUGUUCACAAUAGAAAAUGCCUCUGGUGAUAGUGUCUCAUUUUCUGAAUUCGCAAUUUCUGGAACAACUUAUGAACCUAUUGGACAGGUAUCAAAAGACGGAAGAAAUAUUAAAGCCGGAGACUAUCCAGCACUCGUUGAAUUGGCCACAAUCUGUUCAUUGUGUAAUGAUUCAUCUGUUGAUUACAAUGAUGUUAAGAAAUGUUAUGAAAAAAUUGGUGAAGCAACAGAAACAGCUUUGGUUGUUUUAGCUGAAAAGAUGAAUGUUUAUGAUACAAAUAAAUCAGGUUUAUCACAAAGAGAUCUUGGAAACGCUUGUAAUAGAGUUAUCCAACAAAAAUGGAAUAAGAAAUUUACUCUUGAAUUUUCACGUGACAGAAAAUCUAUGUCUAGUUAUUGUGUUCCAACAUCAGGAAGCAGUGGUCCAAAAAUGUUUGUUAAAGGUGCUCCAGAAGGUGUUCUUAAUAGAUGUACUCAUGUUCGUGUUAAUGGAGAAAAAGUUCCAUUGACACCUGCAAUGACAAAAAGAAUUGUUGACCAAUGUAUUGCUUAUGGUACUGGACGUGAUACUUUACGUUGUCUUGCUCUUGGAACUAUUGAUUCACCAAUGGAUCCAUCAAGAAUGAACUUGGAUGACUCAACUACUUUUGCUCAAUAUGAAAAAGAUAUUACAUUUGUUGGAGUUGUUGGUAUGCUUGAUCCACCACGUAUGGAGGUUAAAUCUUCAAUUGAGGAAUGUAAUCAAGCUGGUAUUCGUGUUAUUAUGAUUACUGGAGAUAAUAAAGAUACAGCUGAAGCUAUUGGAAGAAGAAUUGGACUUUUCAGUGAAGAUGAAGAUACAACUGGAAAAGCAUUUACUGGAAGAGAAUUUGAUGAUUUAUCAUUAGAACAACAAAAAGAAGCUGUUAAACGUGCUAAGAUUUUUGCUCGUGUAGAACCAUCACAUAAAUCUAAAAUUGUUGAUUUCUUACAAGCACAAGGUGAUAUUACUGCUAUGACUGGUGAUGGUGUAAAUGAUGCUCCAGCUCUUAAGAAAGCUGAAAUUGGUAUUGCUAUGGGGUCUGGUACAGCUGUAGCUAAAUCAGCUGCUGAAAUGGUUCUUGCUGAUGAUAAUUUCUCAUCAAUUGUCUCAGCUGUUGAGGAAGGACGUGCUAUUUACAAUAAUAUGAAACAAUUUAUUCGUUAUCUUAUUUCUUCUAAUAUUGGUGAAGUUGUAUCUAUUUUUAUGGUUGCUGCUUUAGGUAUUCCAGAAGCACUUAUUCCAGUUCAACUUCUAUGGGUUAACUUAGUAACUGAUGGUCUUCCAGCAACAGCUCUUGGAUUUAAUCCACCAGAUCUUGAUAUUAUGGAUAAACCACCACGUUCUGCUAAUGAUGGUUUGAUCUCAAAAUGGCUUUUCUUUAGAUAUAUGGCAAUUGGAACAUAUGUUGGUGUUGCAACAGCUUUUGCUUCAAUGUGGUGGUUCUUAUUAUAUGAAGAUGGUCCACAAAUAUCUUAUUAUCAAUUGACACAUUAUAUGAAAUGUGAAAUUGAGGAAGAAAACUUUAAAGAUUUAGAUUGUUCUGUAUUUGAAGACCACCAUCCAAAUUCAAUGGCAUUAUCUGUAUUAGUUACAAUUGAAAUGCUUAAUGCUAUGAAUUCAUUAUCAGAAAAUCAAUCAAUUCUUAAAAUGCCACCAUGGACAAAUAUUUGGCUUUGUGGAGCUAUUUUCCUCUCAAUGUCCUUACAUUUUGUCAUUCUUUAUGUUCCAAUUAUGAAUACUAUCUUCCAAGUUAUACCAUUAUCAAUAGCAGAAUGGGGAGCUGUAUUAAAAAUUUCAUUCCCAGUAAUAUUAUUGGAUGAACUUCUUAAAUUUGUAGCUAGAAAUUAUGUUGAUGUUAAUGUGAUAACGUAUUUCUUUCCCUCCCUCAUUAUUCUUUCACCAUCAGAAAAUAAAGAAUCAUUUUUAUUAUUCAGAAAUCUAUUUUGA